UAAAGAAGUAUUUGAAUAAGACGCAAUGGCGCGAACCAAGCAGACCGCGCGUAAGUCUACCGGUGGCAAAGCCCCCAGGAAGCAGCUCGCCACUAAAGCAGCGCGGAAGAGCGCGCCUGCGACUGGCGGAGUGAAGAAGCCUCACCGUUACAGGCCUGGCACUGUAGCUCUGCGAGAAAUCCGCCGCUAUCAGAAGUCUACUGAGCUGUUGAUCCGCAAGUUGCCUUUCCAGCGCCUUGUGAGGGAGAUUGCUCAGGAUUUCAAGACCGAUCUGCGCUUCCAAAGCUCAGCUGUAAUGGCUUUACAGGAGGCUAGUGAGGCUUAUCUGGUUGGUCUGUUCGAGGACACCAAUUUGUGUGCCAUUCAUGCCAAGAGAGUGACCAUCAUGCCGAAGGAUAUCCAGCUGGCUCGCCGCAUCCGUGGAGAGCGCGCUUAAAUGGUUUGCAUGCCCAUAAUCCAAACAAAGGCUCUUUUAAGAGCCAC